GCCACACCCGGAAGCGGUGAGGAGCGCGGGGGCAGCACCGGCAGCACCGGGGACCGGGAGAAGCCGCAGCGAUGUCGGAACGGAAAGUGCUGAACAAAUAUUACCCGCCGGACUUUGAUCCGGCCAAGAUCCCAAAGCUGAAGCUGCCCAAGGACCGGCAGUACGUGGUGAGGCUCAUGGCCCCCUUCAACAUGAGGUGCAAGACGUGUGGGGAGUACAUCUACAAGGGCAAGAAGUUCAACGCCCGCAAGGAGACGGUGCAGAACGAGUCCUACCUGGGGCUGCCCAUCUUCCGCUUCUACAUCAAGUGCACUCGGUGUCUGGCUGAGAUCACGUUCAAGACAGACCCCGAGAACACAGAUUACACCAUGGAGCACGGGGCCACCAGGAACUUCCAGGCAGAGAAGCUCCUGGAGGAGGAGGAGAAGAGGAUGCAGAAGGAGAGGGAGGAGGAGGAGCUCAACAAUCCCAUGAAGGUCCUGGAGAACCGGACCAAGGACUCCAAGCUGGAGAUGGAGGUCCUGGAGAACCUGCAGGAGCUGAAGGAGCUCAACCAGCGGCAGGCCAACGUGGACUUUGAGGCCAUGCUGAAGCAGUACAAGGAGCUGGAGGAGGAGCAGAGGCGCAGGGAGCAGGAGGAGGACGAGCAGGAGAUGAACAGGGCCAUGCUGGAGCAGGCCCAGAACCGGCGCCUCCUGGAGGAUUCCGACUCCGACGAGGAGCCAACCAAAGCCCGCCCCAACCCCACGGCCCAGAGCAAACCCACGGACAUCCUGCAGGAGGGCCCCCAGCCCCAGAGCAAGAGGCCCAGGAUGGAGAGCUGGGAGCGCAGCGUGGGCAAGCUGAGCACCAAGGCCCAGCUGGCAGGGCUGGUGGCCCGCAGGAAGGAGAAGGAGAAGGAGAAGGCAGAUCCUGCCCUGGAAAACGGGAUGGAAACCAGAGGCACCACGGCCAGCACUGGCUCCCUUCCAGCAGCAGCAGCAGCAGCAGCAGCCACGUCCUCACUGGGUUUGUUGGGAGCCUACUCGGACAGCGAGGACAGCGCCAGCGACUGAGGGGACAGCGGGGACGGGGCAGGGACGGGGCAGGGACGGGGC